AUGGUGUCCAGCACGCUGAACGACAAGUUCUUGCUCCCGGUAUCCGGCGACGAGUUCAGUUUUAUGGAGGCCCCGUGGAACGAGAAGCUCACAGGGGGCAACUGCUACAGCCUUGCAAUGGGUUUUUACAAUGCAGCAGCUACCUCAAAGCCCCAGCCGGGCGACGUAGCAAUGGUCUACAGAGACAUGCACGAGAGGUUCCAGCUGCUGGAACCCCUGGACGUGAGGGACUGCAACGCCCUGCGGAAACGGAUUCUUGCGGACGGGAUGGCUAUGAAGCGAAUUCUGCUCAAGAGCAGGGACGGGCAGGCUUUUGAUCACCUGGAGAGCGUGGUGAGAGUGGCGAAGAUGGAUGCCAAGCCUCCGCGGGGAACGUACAAGAUAAUGACGGUAGUCGACCCCGGCAACGACUUUCAUUUCUUCCGGCAGGACGUGAUGGACCUCUACAACAUCUACACUUGCAAGAUGUACUUCUACAUGAAGGACAAGACUCUCUCUGCGGAACCAAAUGCAUAUCAGGUGCUGAACAUCGACCCGUUCAGCAGGAACGUUGCCGCCAUGUAUGAUCAGAACAACCAGUACUCCGACCAGAAGAAGGACGCUUUCAAGAAGCUGACUAAUCUACUGGGCCCGAUCAUGGACGGGCAGGAGGCCGAUCUCAACCGAGCCAUCACCAACGUGUGCAUCCACGUGCGCAGACUGCCUGCUUACGUCAUACAGGAGGGGAACUUCAUUGUGGAUCCCUUCUGGAUGCUCGACGAGACGGACGUGAAGGACGACGCGAGUGCGCCCAUCAGGCUCCACCAGAAGGCUGACAAGCUCUUUCAGUUCUUUGGUUCUAAAGGAAAGCCACUGCAUGCGGCGACGGUCCAGCAAGCGCUCCAAGACAGCCUGAGGAUUUCCCGCGACUCCAAGCUGGCGCCCCAGAAGCACCAGCUGAUCGGCACGUGGAGUCAGAAGCUUGGAUUCGCCACUCCGGCUAUCAAUUGUGACGCUAAUCGGAAGCUGAUAUUCGAUCCUCGCAGGGCUGCCAGGAAGUUUGGGGACGACGGGCUCGCCUACAAGAGCGUCUGCAACUCGUUCUUCGUAGAGAAGAACCACGGCAUUGCCGGGAUGGCAAAUGAGGGGGACGGCUUCGCGGUCGACCAUCUCGUAGAGGGGAAGCUGCGGGGAUGCUUGCCGAGCCUCGUGGAGGAUUCCUUCGUCGAUCAAUGCCACAUUUACUGGACACGUGAUUCCCCCUACACGGAAGAGUCCAAGAUCUCCGCCUCAAUCCACGACAUCGGGGAAGCGACAGAGUGCCGGGACGGGGGUGCUGUGCGAAUGGACUUCCGUGUAGUGGACGAAGCUUCCAUGCGGAGGCUGAUUGGAAUUGGGAUAGACGGCAACUUCGAGGUGAGCGUCACGUUCCAUCCGAACAGCGACAAGAAGAUAAGGGCAGAGCUCAGGGAGGAGGCAGCCAGCAGAGACGACCUUCCUCUCCUGGACAGGGUCCGGGGAUGGGAGGCCAUUGGGUUCAAGAUGGUGCGGGAGUGGACACAGAAGCGAAAGGUCUCGUCUGCCAGGACGAUCGGGGCGUUCGUACCUCCGACCGAGGAUUUCAUGCGCGGCAGCAGGGCGGUGUCCUACACAAUCAUUCUUCUACCGCGCCUGAUGCAUGGAAAGACGAUUAAGGGUGUGAAGAAGGGUAAUGUGGAGAGCAAGGUGGUAUUCGGGCUGCGGGAGGACCCCGACGCGGAGAACACAAAGUUGCACGUGAUGAGACUGCAGCUCUUUUCGGACUUCGUCCCGACUUUAGACAGGAGAAUGGCAAACGAGAACUGCACGAUCCGUACAAACAUGAAAAUCCAAACGGGCAGCCAUGGCGCAUAUGUUGACGGCAACUGUGAGAAGUCCGAUGCAUCCAGCGUGGUGUAUAUGCACGGAAACUUUGGCUCACCCAAGUUCGACUGUGGCCAGACCUCCUCCAUGUCUGUGAGGGCAAACCCUCAGUCAUCCUUCUCCUGCAACACACUUUGGAUGCUCACCCCGGGGGUGACCGAGCGGGUCACCAUCGGCAUCGAGCAUGAGAUGGGGGACGAAUGUGAAGGUGAGAAGAAGGUGGUCACGCGUGGAAAGAUGCUGAGGUGGCUCUGGGACACACCCAAGCCAUCCGCGUGUGUUAAGAGCAUGCACAUAAACAUGGACGGAAACUUUUCAUUCAUGGAUGACUUGGAGAGAUGGGGGCUGCUGCGCAGGGUCCGGAACAGAAACAAGAGCUGGAAGUUGGACGAGGAAAGCAAGAUUAACGCCAGGAAGGCGAGCAUCGUGGCGUCCGCCAGGUUUUGA